AUGCGCUCGAAAUACCUUCUGUCAGUCAUUACGGUGGUGCGGCUUUGCCAUGUGGCAGCUGGGAAAGCAAAAUCAUUAGUGGCACCAGCUGGCGCUGAUGUCCUCACUGUUGCUGUUAUUGGUGACUACGGGUGGACUGGAUGGGUUCCGAGUCCAGAUCACUUUUGUCUCGAAGUGCUGCCUCUAUUGCAAAGUGCAAAUAUCACCGUCCCAAAUGAGGUAAUCAAUGACUGUGACCCGGGCGACAAGUCAUACAUCACCAAUGCCACAGCUUUGCAGCUCGAUACUUCGGCAUAUGUGGGCCAAGUCUGUGCGGUCAAGAACUGCAGUGCAUUUAUCUCAGUCGGUGACAACUUCUACGACAGCGGCGUCGACUUUUCCACUGCUGGUAUUCUUCGCUUCCAGGCCGCCUGGGUCGACAUGUACAGCCAGGGCGUGUUCGACCAAAAGCCGUGGUAUCAGUGUCUGGGCAACCAUGACAUUGUGCCAGGACAGCCGGGAGUUGACUUCCAGACUAAAGUUGCUCCUUUAUAUGACGACCGAUGGUACUUCGGUACCGAGGGUCUGCCUUACUACACCUACGACCUGACUGGGGCCGAUUGGUCCGCUACAUUCGUUGUCGUCGACUCAGACUGCUUUCUUUCCAGCUACCAGAAGAACACAUCAGUCUACCGCAACCCGUACACGACUGCGUGUCACAAUAAUACGCAAGUCCAGGUUGACUUUCUCAAUACCUCGUUCUCUCAAUCGAAUGCCACCUGGAAAUUCCUUCAGCUGCAUCACCCAUAUGCCUCUGCCGCAACCAACCAAACCGACUUAGCUCCCCUGAUUGAGGUUGUAAUGAAGCACAAUGGCAUUGUGCUUAAUGGUCACGAUCAUUGCCUGGGUCACUUUUACCUGAAUAAUACCAACUUCGUUUUGUCUGGUGCCGCAGGAUACCCGCAGGCAGGAGACUGCAACAAUGGUACAGCUCUAGGACCCUAUGCACUAUACCUGGCAGCGAACAACUUGACAGCUGCAAAUGGCUUCGUCACCCUCGAUAUAUCCAGCAGCUACGUGGGCGUCGAGUACUACGCACGAGAUAUGGCAUUCGAGAAUGGCGAUCUAUAUCCUGUCAAUUGUGAUCUCAGCCCUAGCUAUUCGUUCAAUAUCACCCAGAAGGCAACCUGA